AUGGCUACUCCGCGCGAAUUCAGCCUGGCAUUCGAAGCCGCCCCGCCGGCAGCAGCCCGCCCCGGCCUCCCUUUCACGGUCCCCGUCAUAGUCGUAGUGCGCCCCGUUGGCACACCCUCGCGGACAGUACAACUCGUUGCCAGCGCCAGCCUGCGCGACGAAGCCGGCACUAGCCCCGCCAUUGGGCUCAGCGGCAACCUCACCGCAAUGGUGCGGAGCCGGUGCGAACCCUCGAUGAGCGGCUACGCCAAGUUCAGCGGGCUCACGAUCUCCCGACCAGGCAAGUAUCGAAUCCGGGUGAUGCUCAGCACCUCGUCCGUCAACGGUGUGAUGACCAAGGAAUGCGUCGACUCGGCAAUCAUCCAUGUGCACGCCGCUGCGCCGGCGGCCCAACGGCCAACUCCCACUACGGUGGCAAAGCUGCAGCGGCUGACGGCUGAAAAUUUGGACAUCUCGGCGAGGGACAUCGUGGCGUGGCAGAGUGCGUGA